AUGGUAGCUGAGACAAAGCUCUAUGACGCCUUGAGCGUCCAACCAAGCGCAACUCAAGAUGAAAUUAAAAAGGCCUAUCGCAAGGCAGCCUUGAAAUUCCACCCAGAUAAGAACAAGAAUAACCCUCAGGCCUCUGAGAGAUUUAAAGAGGUAUCCCAAGCAUACGAAGUUCUUUCCGAUCCCGAAAAACGCAAGGUCUACGAUCAAUUCGGCCUUGAAUACCUCCUCCGUGGUGGACCUCCACCUUCCUCUGGUGGUGGAGGUGGUGGUAGUGCAGGCGGCCCCGGAGGCAUGCCCGGUAACUUUGACUUUGGCGGUAUGCCUGGCGGGGGAGGAUCGCGAAAAUUCCAUUAUUCAACUGGCCCUGGUGGCGGAACUGGCUUCCGAUUCAGCAGCGCAGACGAUAUCUUCCGCGAGUUCGCUAAAGGCAGUGGCAGCAGUGGUGGAAUGGGUGGUGGCCUUGACGAUGACAUCUUUGCUUCCAUGCUUGGUGGUAUGCCUGGGAUGGGCGGCGGAAGAUCUCGUGGAGGCUUCUCACAGAAGCCACGCCGUGCGCCAACACCUGAACCUACUGUUGUCGAGAAAGAUUUGCCUGUCACUCUUGAGGAGAUUUUCAAGGGUACCACGAAAAAGGUGAAGACAAAGAGCAAGGCUUUCGAUAACAAUGGCAAGCGCACUGUUGAAGAGGUGACACUCGAAGCUACUAUCAAGCCUGGCCUGCGUGCUGGUUCCAAGAUUAAGUAUAAGAAUGUUGGCGACCAGGAAGAAGGAGGCCGACAAGAUGUGCAUCUUAUUGUGAAAGAGCAACCACACCCUACUUUCAAGCGUGUCGGUGACGAUCUUGUAACAACCGUGGAUCUUACACUCAAGGAGGCCUUGACAGGUUGGGAGAAAAUCGUGCAAACAAUCGACGGCAAGUCAGUUCGCAUCUCGAAGCCUGGUCCUACCCAGCCUAGCCACGAGGAACGAUACCCCGGGUUGGGCAUGGUGAUCUCCAAGAAGCCCACCGAUCGGGGUGACCUGGUUGUCCGUGCCAAUGUCAAAUUCCCUACCAGCUUGACAGCUGAACAAAAAACCGCACUCGGGAAGAUUCUGUAA